CCAAGGAUGGCGUCUCUAGGUCGGGCGCUGAAAGCCCUGCCAAUGCUGCUGCCAACGGCCUUCAUGAUCCGAGCCAUGGCCAUGACUGGUCCACUUGCGCCCGUUGUGGAAGAGGCCUACAGCGAGGGACGAUAUGUCCUCCAGAAUGGGACUCAUGUGCCUGUUCUGAGGACCUUCUUUGGCGUUCCCGUCCUUGACGAUGCAUUUGCUCGGAUUGCCAUCAGCUUCGGCCAGCUGGUCUUUGAUGACGACCCUACGAUAUGGUGGCAGUGCCUCGUCUUCUUCGCCGAUUACGCUGGUCUCUGUGCCAUAUGGAUGCUCGAGUUUGCCCUGCCUUUGUUUGUCGCCCAGAUGAUAACUCUCGGAAUCACGACGCCAUCCUACUUUUACCUAUUCUAUGUCUUGUCUCCCCUCCAAAAGUACUCGACAGCCAGCGCCCGACAGAUUGAUAGCGCUGGUGUGCUUGCUGUCCUCCCAGCACUACUUGUGGCGUUCUUCGUCCCUCAUGUCGUUUCCCUCGUCCACCCUGACCUCCAAGUCAGACACUGGGUGAAUUGGAUAUGGCAGGUUUUCCCUGUAUGGGGCUCCAUUCUCUUGUUUGCAUUCUCAACUGCAAUUCGGCCGUUUCUCGACGAGCGCGUUGAAACUGUUCAGCGGCGUAACAAGACGGCCAUUCGCACUAUCGGCGGCUUCAUGAUAGGCCUCAGCGUGAUGUGCUACUGGUCCAUGAUCCUCAGCUCGCCUUUGCCUGUCUCAGAAGUGCUUAUUCCGAAAUAUCUCAUCGAGGCUCCCGAGAGUCCGCUUGUGGCGCUUCAUACUAUAUUUCAGUGGGACUAUAUCGUUUCUUUUACGGCCUUGUUGCUUUGGUUGGCAUAUCACUUUGCAGACUUGAAGAGUGCUGGCAUAUGCCGACUGUCUUGGGCUAGAAUCUUGAUUACUUCCGCCGUUAUUGGGUGUCUCGGCGGUCCGGGAGCCUUGGUCAUGGUCGGAUGGAUCACGAGAGAGGAACUGAUGGCAUCAGCUGAACACAUGAAGUCCAUCUAG